UAGCCUGGAACUUGGUCCCUCCAAAUAUUCUCUAGUUGUUCUGUUAUUGUUGUUUUGUGAAAAUAAAAGUUGCAUGGACUUAACCACGGGUUAGAUCAGAGGCACAUAUUCAUGCACGAAAGCAGGUCGAGCAGCAUGUUGUUGUUACUAAUCUUGCAGACAAACGAAUUGGAUGUGAUAUAAAAGUGAUUUUGAUGGUCUGCGAGAUGGAGAACGACCAUCUAGAGGAAAUGGACAUUGAAGUCCUCUCUUCAAUGUGGCCUGAAGAUAUAAAUGAAGCUGGUAGGCAAUUCAACAUAGACAGGCCAGGAGCUGAUCAAGAUAUGUUGGAGGAGGUUACAUUCAUAGAGGAGCCUACUAUAGUUGAUUUCAAGCGUCUUGUAGAGUUAACCAAUUACAGUGAAAAGGGAUCCUCUCAGUUGGCAUACCUUGUCAAAAACUGGAAGUACAAGCAGGCAAAUGCUGUACGACUUCUCAAGGAAGAGCUUGACAGCCUGCACAAACAAAGGCAGGAAGUUGAGCUCAAGAAGUUGGAAAUAUUGGAGGAACAUCGUUUUGAAGAAAGAUAUGGUGGCGAUAAGCGGCCGAUAUCUAUAUUGGAUGACAUUUAUGACAUAUGGGAAGAUGUUCCUCAGAGGAGAAAUGUUGUUAUUGUUCAAAAUAAAGGACCAGAAAUUGAUGCUGAGUAUGACACUGUCAAAUACUGGAAGCAGCGGGCCAUGAAUUUAGAGAAAUUGUUGGAGGCAAGCAUCCAGCGAGAGCAGGUACUCGUGGAGAAGUUGCAGGAAAGCAUAAAAGAUCUGGAAAGGCAGUCCUCACCGGUGGAAGAACUUUCCCAGAUUUUGAAAAGAGCAGAUAAUUUUUUACAUUUUGUUCUUCAGAACGCACCAGUUGUCAUUGGCCACCAGGAUAAAGAGCUGCGCUAUCGCUUCAUUUAUAAUCAUUUUCCAAGUUUGCAAGAGGAGGAGAUUAUAGGGAAAACAGAUGUGGAGAUUUUCACUGGUGCUGGUGUUAAGGAAUCUCAGGACUUCAAAAGAGAAGUUCUGGAACGGGGAUUACCUGCAAAGAGGGAGAUUACCUUUGAGACAGAAUUGUUUGGGUCAAAGACAUUUUUGAUAUAUGUGGAACCUGUCUUCAGCAAGGCAGGAGAAACAAUUGGUGUGAAUUAUAUGGGAAUGGAAAUAACCGAUCAGGUGAGGAAAAGGGAAAAGAUGGCAAAGCUUCGAGAGGAGAUAGCAGUACAAAAAGCUAGGGAAAAAGAACUUAACAAAACAAUUCAUAUAACAGAGGAAACAAUGCGAGCUAAACAAAUGCUAGCAACCAUGUCUCAUGAAAUAAGAUCUCCACUAUCAGGGGUUGUAAGCAUGGCUGAGAUUCUUUCCACCACACAUCUUGACAAGGAGCAACGACAACUGCUGAAAGUCAUGUUAUCUUCGGGAGAUUUGGUCCUUCAACUUAUAAAUGACAUCCUUGACCUUUCCAAGGUUGAGUCAGGAGUUAUGAAGUUGGAAUCUACAAAAUUCAGGCCAAGAGAGGUAGUAAAGCAUGUACUUCAGACUGCUGCGGCAUCAUUACAAAAAAUAUUGACCUUGGAAGGACAUGUGGCAAAUGAUGUUCCUGUGGAGGUUAUUGGGGAUGUUUUAAGGAUUCGACAAAUUCUCACUAACUUGAUCAGUAAUGCAAUCAAGUUCACCCAUGAAGGGAAGGUUGGGAUAAAGCUUUAUGUGGUACCAGAUCCAUAUCCUGAUGAUGGAAAAGGAAGUCAUGUAAAACAGUCCACAAUUUCUGAAACUAUACGGAAGGAAGAUAAUUAUUUAUCAAUGCCUGAACGUAGUUAUGAACAAAAAGGUUUAUGUGGACAAAAACCUGGGGAAGGUCCUUUACAAAAUCAAGCAGCUAAUAUUGAACCAAAAGUUCCUGUUGAAAAUAGAGGCUCAAUGGAUGAAGACACAGAAAAGCACUCUGACCCACAUGAAACAACAGUGUGGAUACGGUGUGAUGUUUAUGACACAGGGAUUGGAAUACCAGAAAAUGCUUUGCCUACUCUUUUUAAGAAAUACAUGCAAGUCGGAGCAGAUACUGCCAGGAAGUAUGGCGGAACAGGACUAGGCCUAGCAAUCUGCAAGCAACUGGUUGAGCUCAUGGGGGGUCAUCUUACUGUUUCCAGCCAAGAGCACUUUGGAUCUACGUUUACAUUUGUACUGCCUUAUAAGGUUUCACUCAUAUGCGAUGAUUCUGAUGAUAACGAUGAACUCUCAGACAUUGCUGAUCAUGAUGCAGCAGCUGAUGCUGAUGAUGAUGAUACAAGUUCUGGCUUCUUCCAAUUCCAACCACGCACUUUGGGUUCUCUAUUUUCUUCUAAUGGUUCAGGCAGGACCCAAAAAUUAUCACCAAACAAUUUUGGGUUUGAUACCUCACCUAAGCUUAAUGGGCUGUCAGAAGAUUCUUAUACAUUCCCAUCUGGUAACAUCACAUCAAAAGAGAUGACUUCAGUGGACGAAGCCUGUUCAAUGGUCUAUGCUUCUGAGACAUCAUCUGAACCUGAAAGUUCACUGGGGCAGAGUCCAGAGACUGACAACAAAGAAGGUAGAGAAAUACAAUUUAAUAAUGACACAGAGAGUCAGUUGCAGAAUCCUUGUAUGCAUUCCACUCAUUCCUCAAGGGCAAGUGAAGAAGCAGGUGGAAUUAUAAAGCCAAAAGAUCCCCAAGAAACACAUCAGAUACAGGAGAAAUCUGAUAAAAGCUCUCCGUGUUUUUCUCGUAACAGUCCAGAAAUUCCCAUAUCAACAUUGAAACCUAAAAUCCUUCUUGUUGAAGAUAACAAGAUAAAUGUGACAGUGACAAAGUCUAUGAUGAAGCGGUUAGGUCAUAACAUAGAUGUUGUGAAUAAUGGAGUUGAAGCCGUCCGUGCAGUUCAGUCCCAUACUUAUGAUCUCAUUCUGAUGGAUGUAUGCAUGCCUGUAAUGGAUGGCCUUCAAGCUACAAGAUUGAUUCGUUCUUUUGAGGAAACUGGCAAUUGGGAUGCUGCAGUUGAAGCUGGAAUUGAGCAGCAUGCACCUUCCUCAGAUUCAUCGGCAAGUGGUGAAGAAUUUCAACCAUCUACAAAGAGGAUCCCCAUCGUUGCAAUGACAGCCAACGCAUUGGCAGAGAGUGCAGAUGAGUGCUUUGCAAAUGGUAUGGACUCGUUUGUAUCGAAGCCUGUUACUUUUAAUAACCUAAAACAAUGUCUAGAACAAUAUUUAGCAUGAGAUCUGCUGUAAAUGUUUGCUUUGUAUAAAAGUUUUGUAAUCUAUGUAUCAUGUUCUAGCUAUCAGUGUAUCCCUUCUUUUGUGUAGAUCAAUAUUGUCUUAA